AUGUUUGUCUAUCUUCCUUCUAUUCUGUACUUGUCUUUCUUUUCACAUUUGGUGCUUUCCCAAUUGCCCCCAAAUCAAAUUAAUGUCAUGAGAAGUGUCUAUGAUCUGUUUCAGAAUGAUACUGGUGCUUCUUUUGUAUGGAAUGGAACUGAUAAAGCUUCAACCCCAUGUUCUUGGAAAGGGGUUUCUUGCAAUUUUCUGAUAAAUUCCUCCCUUACCAAAGUCACCUUUUCAUUGUUCUCUAUUUCUAGCUCUGAAUUCUUGCCUUUUAUUUGUCAAAUUGAUACUUUGGAGUCUAUUGAUGUUUCCCAGAACUUUUUGAGCUCUAUCCCAAAUGAGUUCAUCACUGUUUGUGGGGGAAUUAGUGGGUUGAAAUUGUUGAACUUUAGUGGGAAUAAAUUGGAGGGUGUUUUGCCUACUUUCACUGGUUAUGGAAAGUUGGAGUCUUUAGACUUUUCUUUUAAUGACUUGAAGGGGAAAGUUGACUUGCAGUUGGAUGGAUUGAAUUCACUCAAGAGUUUGAACCUUAGCUCUAACAUGUUUAGUGGUUCAGUUCCUACCAGUCUUGGAAAAUUUAAUCUUCUGGAGGAGCUUCAUCUCUCUGCAAAUUCUUUUGAAGGUGAAUUCCCCACUCAAAUUGUUAACUUUGGCAACUUAACUUUGAUUGACCUAUCUCUAAACUUCCUAUCUGGUGUAAUUCCUGAUAGAUUAGGUGAACUUUCAAAAUUGCAAGUCUUGAUUUUGUCAAACAAUAGAUUGAGUGGCACAAUCCCACAAUCCCUUAGGAAUAUCACAACACUUACGCAUUUUGCUGUGAAUCAGAAUGAUUUUGUUGGAAAUAUACCCUUUGGUAUAACCACAUACCUGAGGAAUUUGGACCUCAGUUUUAACACAUUAAAUGGUACAAUUCCUCAGGACCUCUUAUUCCCAAUGAACUUGCAAUUUGUUGAUCUCACUUCCAAUAAGUUAGAGGGACCUGUUCCUUCAAACAUGUCGAUAAAUUUGAUCAGGUUGAGAUUGGGGCAAAAUGCUUUGAAUGGAUCAUUUCCAUCUGCUUCCUUUGAAAGCCUUCAAAGUUUGACCUACUUGGAACUGGACAACAACCAGUUAACUGGACCAAUUCCUUCUGAAUUGGGGAAGUGCCAAAAGUUGGCCCUUUUGAACUUAGCCCAGAAUAAGCUGAGUGGUGUUAUUCCUGUUGAGCUGGGUGAUAUUUCUAAUCUUCAGGUACUGAGUCUUCAGUCCAAUAACCUAGUUGGAGAAAUUCCAAGUAACAUUUCACAGUUGAACAGAUUGCAGAGGCUCAAUUUCAGCUGGAAUUUAUUGACUGGUUCCAUUCCAAGUUCGUUAUCAAGUUUGAGAAAUCUCACAAACUUGAAUUUGCAGGCGAAUAAUCUAAGUGGUCGAAUUCCGGUUGACAUUAGUAACUUAAAUGUGCUGUUAGAACUCCAACUUGGAGGGAACCAACUCGGUGGCCCUAUUCCUGAUAUGCCUUUGAGUUUACAGAUUGCUUUGAAUCUGAGUCACAAUCUUUUUCAAGGACCUAUACCAAGUAGUUUUUCGAGAUUGACUUCAUUGGAAGUUUUGGAUCUCUCUUACAACAGGUUCUCGGGUCAGAUUCCAGACUACCUGACGGGAAUGAGAGGCUUGACUAGGUUGGUGCUUUCAAACAAUCAACUGUCUGGAGUUGUUCCAAAGUUUGAAAGCUUUGUCAGUGUUGAGACAGGUGGAAAUGGGGAUCUGAUCUAUCCUUCCGCAGUUGCUCCACCACAAGCGGCUGCAAAAAAGAGAAAAUCAAUAGUUGUUGCAGUUGUUGUCCCAAUUGCAUGUGUAGCAACAAUUGCUGUUUUCGUGGUGAUUGCUAUUUCAACUAACCUGCACCAAACCGAGGUUUGUUGGAUCACUGGUGAUAGCCUCCACCAGUUUCAAAUUAAACUGUCCAAGGCCAUGACCGCAAUUUGUAGGCCAAUUAAUGUUAUGCAAAGCAACCAGUUCUACACUUACUACAAGGUUAUGAUGCCUUGUGGUGUGUACUAUUGCAUCAAGAGAAUUAAGAAGAAGAACAGGUCAGUCAGCCUGCAUAGCUUGGAAAGGUUCAAACAAGGGCUUGUUAAUAUUGGCCACCUGAGCAACUACACCAUGGCUCCCCUUGCUUGUGUUGUGGAAUCUGAUACUACAUAUAUAGUUUAUGAAUACCCUCAACAUGGAACACUCUUUGACCUCCUUCACGGAAGAUGUGAUGACAGUACUUUAGACUGGAAAAGUCGCUUUGACAUAGUAGUUGGCAUUUGUAGAGGUUUGGCUCUCUUACAUGGAGGUUCUCUCUUCAGCGAUCAGAUCAUUCUCUUCCAUAUUUCAUCAAGCAGCAUCUUUAUGAAACAUUUGAACCAACCCUUAAUUGGAGAUAUUGAGCUAGGGAGCACAUUUAAUUCUUCACAAUUUUCUGUAGCAGUGGGAUAUGUUCCUCCAGAAUAUGCAUAUGUGAUGAAAGUGACUGAGGCCGGUAAUAUGUACAGCUUUGGCGUAAUAAUGCUUGAGCUUCUAACAGGGAAACCAGCAAUUAGUGAAGGAACAGAGUUGGCUAAGUGGAUAAUUCAGCAUGAAGAUUUGGGUGAAGUUGUUGACAGCAGAGUGAGUGGAAAUUCAGUUCAAGUUCAUCAACAAAUGCUUCUAGUGCUUGAAAUUGCUCUGCAAUGCUUAAGUGUCUCUCCAAAUGAAAGGCCUGAUGCCAAAGAACUACUAGAGACUUUGCUAACUUUGGGCCAACAGUUUGGUAUUUAAUCACACAUCGUAUAGUACCAUUGUAUUUCUACCUCAUGUUAUGUUGCUCAGACUCUUAAAAAAGAUGAUGUCGG